CGUAAAGACCAUCACAACCUGAUUGGUAAUUCUUUCUUUUUCGGCCCCGAAUCCUACAUAAUCAAACCCAGACAGCAUGGCGACAAAUAAUACCAAUACCAAUAAUAAGCAAAACCUAACCCGCCAACUUCUCUCGCGAGCCCACAGCCCCGACAGCACCGACCGAAUCUUCUCCGAGAAGAUCCAACACCGACCACUCUUCCUCAAGCCCACCUCGCCCCCCCCCUUCAACGCCCGCGAUGCCCGCCGCAAAGCCCGCGCCUCGCAGCAGCAGCGCGCAAAGGCCCUGAAGCCCAAGCCCCUCUCCGCGCGGGAGCGGCGCAAGCUGGGGCUCUACGACCUCCCGAAGGCGGGGCAGAAGUACGCCGUCUACGAGCCGCUGAACCGGCUGUGGCUGGGCUACAUCCGGGAGGUGCUCGGCCAGGAGCUGUACACGGGGGGCCAGGGUGCCGCGGCGAAGCUCAGCGCCGCCGACUUCCACGGCGCCGAGAUGGAGGUCUCGCGCAGCGGCUGCCCGAGCCGCGUCGGGAUCCGGGGGAUUGUCGUCAAGGACACCCGGUUCGUCUUCGAGAUCGUCACGAAGAGGAACCAGGUCAAGACCGUGCCGAAGGAGGGUACCAUGUUCCGGAUUAUUGUGCCGCCUGUACGGGAGGAGAAGGCAGAAAAGGUUGGGAAAGAUACGGCUGCUCCCGAAGACGACAAAAAACCCUUUAUUUUUGAAAUUCACGGCGACCAGUUCCAGCAUCGGUCCGCUGAUCGCGCGACGAGGAAGUUCAAGCUGCAUUACCUGAAGAACCUUUGAAAAUCUAGCGAUUAUUGCCGAAUUUUAAAGCCACCAAUCCAUACAGAGCAUGUCUGCAAGAUAAGCAGCCCACCCUAGAGGUAUCCAAAUGUCGCCAUUUAAGCCUGAAGGUACUG